AUGAAGGAACAAGACCCCGCCAGUUCUAGCUCCUUCCGAGUCCUAAUCAUCAACCCCAACACCUCAACCCAGAUGACCUCAGCACUCAAACCCAUCAUCCAAGGACUCAACUACACCGACAUCCACUUUGACUAUUUCACCGCACCAAACCAAUCCGUCACGCUACCCGACGGCAGAGUCAUCGAGCCCGUUCCCAGCAUCAAUUCGGGCGAUGACUCGGUACAAUCAGCGCAGCAUUGUCGCCCCUUUGUGGAACCACUGAUACCCCAAUAUGACGCUUUUCUGGUAGCAUGCUACUCUGCGCAUCCACUUGUGGGAAUGCUACGAUCAACUAUAAGGGCUCUUGAGAAUAAAGCUCUUCAAUCAGACUCGGGCACGUUGCAAGUCUUCGCCGACGGGCAAGAGAUCAAUCCAAGUAAAGGGAAAAAAUAUGUUACAGGGAUCUUUGAGGCUAGUGUGACUACUUCCCUGAUGCUGAUAAGUAGUUUCCAUUUAUUGGCGGAUUGGUCUCACCACAAGACGCAGUCGCAAGACACUUUUGGGAUUGUAACGACUGGAGCGGUAUGGAAGAAGGAGCUUACCAAGGCUGUAUCAGCUAUGAUAAAUGGUCCGGAUGAGAGUGAAGAGAAGAAGAGGGAUUUAAUCUCGAAUGUUGUCGAUACGAGCCCAACGCCAUCACCACCGGCACCUGUUUCGGUGCCACGGUUUGCAGGCGUGGAGACGACAGGUCUGACAGCUGUCGAGUUGCAUGAGACGCCGCCCGAAGAAGUGCGAAGACGAAUGAUCGAGGCUACUGAGAAGCUGCUCAAGGGCACUGCGCAUCCGGUGCGAGCUGUGUGUAUGGGUUGCGCUGGGAUGGUAGGCAUGGAGGAAGCGGUGCGCGCGGGAGAAAUUAUCACCAUUCAAGCCGGCCAGUGCGGCAAUAACGUCGGCAGUCAAUUCUGGCAGCAGCUCUGUCUCGAACAUGGAAUAAACCAAGAUGGUAAUCUGGAGGAAUUUGCGACUGAGGGCGGAGAUCGGAAAGAUGUGUUUUUCUACCAGAGUGACGAUACAAGAUAUAUUCCCCGAGCUAUUCUGCUCGACCUCGAGCCUAGAGUGAUCAACGCCAUUCAAACCGGACCAUACCGACACAUCUACAACCCUGAGAACUUUUUCAUAGAUCCUCAAGGCAGCGGAGCGGGCAACAAUUGGGCUGCGGGUUACGCACAGGGGGAACAUGUUCACGAGGAGAUUUUUGAUAUGAUUGAUCGGGAGGCUGAUGGGAGUGAUUCUCUGGAGGGCUUCAUGCUACUUCAUUCCAUAGCGGGUGGUACAGGCUCGGGCCUGGGAAGCUACAUGCUCGAACGAAUGAAUGAUCGAUUUCCCAAGAAACUUAUUCACACAUACUCGGUGUUUCCAGACGGCCAAGCAGCUGAUGUUGUGGUCAACCCUUAUAACAGUCUCUUGACCAUGCGACGAUUGACACAAGAUGCCGACUCGGUUGUGGUUUUGGAUAAUGGCGCGUUGUCGAGAAUCGUCGCCGAUAGAAUGCACGUGCAGGAGCCGUCAUUUCAGCAGACGAAUCAAUUAGUUUCAACUGUCAUGUCGGCAUCUACCACCACACUCCGCUAUCCAGGCUACAUGCACAACGAUCUCGUCGGCAUCAUCGCAUCGCUCAUUCCCACACCUCGAGCCCAUUUCCUCACCACAUCUUACACCCCCUUCACAAGCGACAACAUCGAACAAGCAAAGACCGUCCGCAAAACCACCGUUCUCGACGUCAUGCGGCGAUUACUCCAACCCAAAAACCGUAUGGUCUCCGUCACACCCAGCAAAUCGAGCUGCUACAUCAGCAUCUUGAACAUAAUCCAGGGCGAAGCCGACCCCACAGAUGUACACAAAUCACUCCUCCGAAUUCGUGAACGACGACUUGCCUCGUUCAUCCCCUGGGGUCCCGCAAGUAUUCAAGUUGCCUUGACCAAGAAAUCACCAUACAUCCAACACACACACCGCGUCAGCGGCCUCAUGCUCGCAAACCACACCUCUGUCGCGACAUUAUUCAAACGCAUCGUACAACAAUACGACAGACUACGAAAACGAAAUGCGUUCCUGGAUCAGUACAAAAAGGAAGCGCCCUUUGCGGAAGGAUUGGGCGAGUUUGAUGAGGCGAAAGCGGUGGUUGUAGAUUUGAUCAAGGAGUAUGAAGCGGCGGAGAAGGAGAAUUAUUUGAAUCCGGAUGCUGGGCAGAAGGAGGCUGUUGCUGCUUGA